AUGGCCUCGGACAUGCGUUUUGCGCCACUGCAUGGUGCAUCGAUGUCGUCCGGUGCAUCGAAGCUGAUAUUUCCACCGCUGCACCAGACAGACGAUCCACACGGCCACAACCCAAUAUUACAGCAUCCUCUCUUGGCGACGGAGCAUUUGCCGAUCCCCAUGCUCGACGGCGAGUUCAUCCAGGUGCCCGAGCAUUUGGUCCCGCUUGAACUGGAUACAGACUCCCUUCCCAUGGAGCAGCAUGCAUCAUACCCGUUUGGAAACCCUUACUUUAUCCAUCACGCUCCACAUACGCUCCAGCCUGCGGGCUCGUCCCAACCCGUGCACGAUCCACGCAUGCUUGCGCGGCUCUCGCUGCAUGCCGCGGGCGAUCACACUGAAGAAAAUCUGACGCAUAUAGCAAGAGGCUCUAUAAGCGCACAGUGUGCGGUCGAGUCGGACCGGCGCGAUCCUGGCGCGAGCGACGAGGAAGAGGUGGGGCGCCAAGUCAAAUCCUAUACCCGCGACGCAGACGGACAUGUGCAUCUUGCGCCGCACUUGCGCGUGCGUGCGCAGCUGUCUUCUGCGCCGCAUGCACCGUCGUGGCCUUUUAUGCGGUUCGGGCCCGGCCCAAGCGCGAGAUCCUACGCCGCACUCUUUCGCAACACGCGCGGCAGCGAAGGGCAACUCGAGGCCAACGUAUGGACAGACCUUGGCCUGGAAAUGCUCGUCCCACACAAGCGCGCCGAUUCCUAUACACUCCCUUCGAACCUGCGCCAUCCGUACACAAAAAGCAGUGCACAGACCGUUGGCCGUCGCGCAGCGCGGAAAACGCGCCCGUCUGGCAUUCCGGACGCGCUGGGGAUCGAGACGGCAGAAAAUGACCAUCUGUGGCUCGAUGAUCCCGCAGCGAACGAGGCGGCGGCGCUGCAGCAUGAUGGGAGUGCUACGGUAUCGGGCUGGGCAGCGUCGGCAGUUGCAUCGGUCAAGGCGGAAGAAGUGCGUGCCAGUGCGUCGCGCGAUAUAUCAAACGACCCGUUCCGCGCAUCUCCACGCCAAUCGGCGUGCCAUAAACCCCGUCACUUUUCGCCCGGACCUUCUACGCUCGUCGGUGGUCGGCGCACAUCCUCGGCGUGGAUGGAGGACCGCCACGAUUUCUGCAAAACGCUUUUAUCUGUCUACUCACGCAAGGAAAAACUAGCACAGACUAAGCGACAACGUGAACUCGCGACACCGGAUGGCGAAGGUGCAAGCGCAAGCGCUAAAAAGCAUUGCGUGGACACCGGCAUGUUUCCGGUGCAUGUAGACGCUGCAAACGUCGAGGCACUCUCAGGUACACGCGAUGAUCAGCGGCAAAGGGACCUAUGGGUGUGGGGCUGCAUUUCGGAAGAUGAGCUUGAGGAUUUUGACGGUGUAUCCAAAGGCAAAUACACGAUUGGCUUUGGCCAGCAGUUUAUGGCCUUCACGGAUGACCGCGAGGACAUCAACUCGUUUGCACUGAGCUGUGUGUCGAGCCUUAUGGAGAAAUACAAUAUCUCGCCGAUGGAUAUUGGCCGCUUGGAUGUCGGCACGGAGACGAUCAUUGACAAGUCCAAGGCCGUCAAGACGAUGCUUAUGGAGCUCUUUGAGAAGCACGGCAACACGGAUAUCGAGGGCAUCGACUCCAAGAAUGCGUGCUACGGCGGCACUGCAGCGCUCUUUAACGCAAUUAACUGGAUCGAGUCUAGCUCGUGGGACGGCCGCGAUGCGAUUGUGUUUGCCGGCGACAUUGCCAUCUACGCCGAAGGCAGCGCGCGUCCCGUCGGCGGUGCCGGUGCUGUUGCGAUGCUUAUCGGUCCGAAUGCACCCAUGGUCGUCGAGCCGAUCCACGGCACCCACAUGAGCAACGCGUGGGACUUUUACAAGCCGGACCUAAACUCGGAGUACCCCCAGGUCGACGGCCCCGAAACGCUGCAGACGUACUUGGGCUCCGUGGACAAGGCAUACAACACGUUCCGCUCCAAGUAUAGCAAGUUGGCUGCGGCCAAAGGUCUCCCUGUGAAGCGCAGCACCACGUCCAACGAUCCGCGUGCAAACUUUAGCUUGAGCGACGUCGACUUUGUUGCGCUUCACUCGCCAUACUCCAAGCUUGUUCAGAAAGGCUUUGCACGGAUACUGUUCAAUGACUAUCUGGUCGACGCAGCGAAUGAAAAGUACGCGAGUGUCCCGAAAGAAUAUCUCGACUUGGACACUAAGUCGACCAUCACCAACAAGGACCUCGAGAAGACAUUCACCGCGCUUGCGAAGCCGCUCAAUACUGCGAUGCUUGAGCCCAGCAUGGAUACCGUGCGCCGCUGCGGAAACAUGUACACUGGCUCGCUUUACGGCGGCCUUGCCUCCUUGCUCUCGAACAAGUCCAGCGCGGAGCUGCAAGGCAAGCGCAUCCUCAUGUACUCGUUUGGCUCUGGCUCGGCGGCCUCCUUCUUUGUGAUUCGCGUCGUCGGCUCGACCGAGGAGAUGCACGAGAAGCUCAACCUGAAGGCGCGCAUGAACGACAUGCAGAUUGUUCCGUGCACUGCGUACGUCGACGCACUCAAGACGCGCGAAGCCACGCUCAACGCUGCCGAGUACAAUCCGAAAGGCAGCGUCGAGGACCUUUGGCCUGGUGCCUACUACCUGACCAAUGUGGACGAAAAGUUCCGCCGCUUCUACACAAAAGCAUAG